UGGCGCUGGUCGCCGGGAGAUCCGAGGGGCGAUGGGGCCGAGCGGCCUUCCGCCGCUCCUGCUGGUGUUCCUGGGCUGCUGGGCCUCCGUAAGCGCCCAGGCCGGGGCCACCCCUGCGGUGACAACGGAGGGCCUCAACACCACCGAGGCAGCCCAGGCCACUCGCGGACCGUCCCUGUCACAUGGGCCUCCGCGGACCCCCAAGGCCCCGGGGCCCUCCUCCGGCCCCAGGCCCACCCCAGUCACGGACGUUGCUGCUUUGUGUGUCUGUGACUUGUCCCCAGCACAGUGUGAUGUCAACUGCUGUUGUGAUCCCGACUGCAGCUCCAUAGAUUUCAGUGUUUUUGCUACCUGCUCAGUUCCAGUUGUCACGGGUGAUAGCCAGUUUUGUAGUCAAAAAGCAGCCAUCUAUUCGUUGAAUUUUUCAGCAAACCCACCUCAAAGGGUGUUUAAAGUUGUUGACCAGAUUAAUCCAUCUAUUUUCUGCAUUCAUAUUACAAACUAUAAACCUGCACUAUCCUUUAUUAAUCCAGAAGUGCCUGAUGAAAAGAAUUUUGAUAAAUUGAUGAAAACAUCUGAUGGUUUUACAUUGAAUGCAGAAUCAGAUGCUUCUUUCACAAUCAAAUUGGAUGCUCCAAAUUCUGCUAAAUAUGAGUAUGGGUCUCAGCUGCAGACUUCAGAUUCAUUUCUGAGAUUUCCUUCACCUCUAACGUCAUCUCUGUGCACUGAUAAUAACCCUGCAGCGUUUCUGGUGAACCAGGCUGUUAAGUGCAGCAGAAGGAUAAAUUUAGAACAGUGUGAAGAAAUUGAAGCCCUUCACAUGGCUUAUUACAGCAGCCCUAAAAUUUUGAAGGUGCCUAAUUCAAGAAUAAAGGUCCCUAUCACUGUUCAGUCCAUUGUCAUUCAGUCUCUAAAUAAAACGCUAACCCUCCUGGAAGGCACUGAUGUACAGCAGCCGUCCCUUGCCGAUGUUGGGCAUGUUAGAAUCUGCAAUAACGUCGUUCUUGAGGUAAAGUACAGCCUCAUAUAUACAGAUGCAGGGGAAGUAACAAAGGCUGGUCUCUCUUUCCUCCUGGGGACAGUUAACAGUGCAGUGGUUCCACUACAGCAAAAGUUUGAAAUUCAUUUUAUUCAGCAAAAUACAAAGCCAGUUCCUCUCAGUGGAAACCCUGGUUAUGUUGUGGGGCUCCCAUUGGCUGCUGGGUUUCAGCCUCAGGAGGGGUCCGGGAUUAUUCAGAUCAUGAAUAGAUAUGGACAACUUACUAUUCUUCGUAGCACAACUGAGCAAGACUGCUUAGACAUUGAGGGGAUCCGGACCCCAGUACUAUUUGGUUACAAUAUACAAUCUGGCUGUAAACUAAGGCUGCCCAGUGCUCUCCCGUGUUGGCUUGUAGUACAGAAGGUGAAGAGCCUGCUGAAGGGCCAGGGUUUCCCGGAUUAUGUGGCCCCUUUCGGAAAUUCCCGGGCCCAGGAUGUGCUGGACUGGGUGCCUAUCCACUUUGUCACCCAGUCAUCCAACAUGAAGGAUUCUUGCCAGCUCCCAGUGGCUUUGGUUAUGGAAGUGAAGUGGACUAAAUAUGGAUCCUUACUGAACCCACAGGCCAAAAUAGUAAAUGUAACUGCAAAUCUAAUUUCAUCCUCAUUUCAAGAGAUCAACACAGGAAGCGAAAGGACGAUUCUUAUUUCCACUGCAGUUACUUUUGUGGAUGUGUCUGCACCUGCAGAGGCUGGCUUCAGAGCCCCGCCAACCAUCAAUGCCAGACUGCCCUUUAAUUUCUUCUUCCCAUUUGUUUGAUGUCCCUUUGAAAUGAGUACAAAAAUAGCAAAGUACAAAAUGCUCAUAUGAAAAGAUGCGCUGGUCCUUCAACAGACAUGUGAAAUUUGAAAACAGUACAUUUGGUGAGAUUAAACUUGUAACUGUCCAGCUUCACUUUCAAGCAAGAAUGAAGUGUUCAACAUGAGCAAAUGUAGUAGUUUAUACAUCUGCUAGCAUGAGGGGUGGGAAUGGGAUGGGCAGCUCUUGGUCAUACCAAGAAAGAAAUAGAGCCUUCCAAAAGGCUGUGUCCACCCAGAAUCUAUGCUGCGCAGGAGGAGGCAAAAGCAUCCGAGCACACAUCUCGCCAGGUGGCCCUGGGGAAGGCGGAUGUGUCGUCCCAGGCCUGGGAGGUAGCACCUCUCUUUAGGUGGAGCUGGUGCGCUUCUAGUUCACCUCCUCGAGAAGUCCGUGCUCCCUCAAUAGCUUGGUAAGUCUUUCAAUUUCUUGCUCCUAUUGCAAAAGCAGACAAAUGUUGGGAUUUACCUUCUGAGCCUCACCAGGGACAUGACAGUCAUUCAGUGAGCCCCAGGACACAAAGAUGAACAAAAGCUACACUCUGUGGAACUUGGUGUGCUGAGGAGACUGCUGCAGUCAGACAGGGUCCACUGAGCAGCAGUGACAAGAGAUGCUCUUGGGGGAGGGGAUGCCUAGGCCGCAGCUGAAGGUGGGGAAUCACGAACAGGAUGUCCCAGAUGUGUUGUCUUACCUUCUCAGAGCAGCUGAAUUCGAGGUGUUGGAUCUUAGCGGCCAAUUGUAUAUUUAUCUGUUUUAACCGUAAGAGUUGCCGUUCUGAACGUGCCUUAACCGAGAUAAUUAUCCCUGAAAAAGAAUUGAGGGUCUUAAUGAUACUGGUUUCUAAUUUAACCACUAAGGAAAAAAAAAAGAUAUGUAUGCUUACACAUGUAAUAGUUGAGAAGACAGUCAUGUCCUUACUUAGAGGCUUCAGAACUAGGAGUGUAACAUUUUUCAUUUCUGAGCUACUCAGUACCCAGUUAUGCAAUAUUUCUUUUUUUUUUUUUUUUUUUUUUUUUUGCCUUUUUUGUGACCGGCACUCAGCCAGUGAGUGCACCGGCCAUUCCUAUAUAGGAUCCGAACCCGCGGCAGGAGCGUCGCCGCGCUCCCAGCGCCGCACUCUCCUGAGUGCGCCACGGGCUUGGCCCUAUGCAAUAUUUCUUUUCAGCUCAGAAAUCCUUAAAAAUAUUCACAAGAUGAGCAUUGAGCUCCUUAACACAGAACUGUUCACGAUGGUACUGGUGCAUGGUACUGCUGUGUAGCACGGUGCGCACGAAUACCACGGCAGCUCUACCUCUGAAGCAGACCUGGCCCUUCACCCACUGCACAUGCGGCUCCUCACUAGGUCACCAAGGGACGGAGUUUGUGGUCAGAGGACGCACCUGCCUAACCAGGCCACACUGUGGCUCCCUCACCUUCGGACGAUGAUCCACACCUGUUAUGUUGGGCUCUAGUCUGAGGAUUCCCAAACCUGGCUGGGCACCCAAAUAACCUAGGAGUACUUCAGAAAUAAACACCUGCCUGGGCGCUCCACCCCAGGCCCUCUACACCGGUUUUUAAAAAAUGGUUUGAAGGUGACUCUGACGCAGCACAUCCACAGCAGGCAUCUGAGCAACUCUGACUAGGUCACUACAUCCACGUGAAAUCACAACAGACGCAUGGCUUCUCUGAAAUGGAGGCCCUGUACCACAUGCAGGGUGUGUGUGAGGAACAGGAUUUUUACCUGAAAUGUGGAAAAGUGGUGUUUCCCCAAGUGCGUUCCCCAGAGCCAGUCUAUUGCACGUUAAUAAGUGUUAUUUCCUCCCAAGAAUGUCACAGUGGUUAAUGUGGAAACUAUUCGAGUUCUCAGAGCCUUCCUCCUGCUAAUGCUAAUGUGUGUGGCGACUUCCUCAAGGGUGGCAGAAUCCCAUGCAGAGCAUAUCACAGCUCAUGGCACCCCUUUUGGAUGAUGCCCACCCAAGGUGGGCCAGGGUGUGGUAGAAUCCUCUUCAGGAAAUAUCAAGUUAAAGAUGCUCUGGGAAAAAGUAGGAGGGUCUAAUCAGAGAUCAGUCUAACCUUUCCCAUAAACAUCGUUUAGUAACCAUGAAAAUAUGGCCUAAAGGAGAAAGGUUGUUCCUCUCAGAGCACACAUCCUGGUCUCCUUGUGUAGCCACAGAGGAGGCAAUGGGAUGCCAGAUCACGCCACUUCAUUGUUCUCUAGACUAGGGGAUAAGGGGUGGGAAGGGGAAGGUGGCGGCCAUGGCUGUAAUGGGAAACCUUGUGUUUGUCGGGCUGGGCCUCACACCCACAACCCGGAGUGCUGGAGACGUACCAUUGAUGAUGCGCACCACCCGCCACAGCCGGAGGAGAAUCAGCAGGCCCAGAGCCUCAAACUCGUGCUCCCGGAAGAGGAGGACAAUGUCGAGGAUGAACGAGACCACCACCACGACGGCAUCCAGGAUUUCAAACUUGUGGUGGAAGAACUCCAGGCGGAAGGCAAAUAUUUUAAAGAAAAUCUCCAUCAUAAAAAAGACCAAGAUGGCAAUGCUCAUGCAGUGGAAUACCUGAAGGGGGCAAGGAGCCACAGUCAGAGUGGAUCUGGGCCCUGGUCACGGACAGGUCACAGAGGCGAGCUGACCUUGGGUGCACCUGCCUGGUUACCAGAGUGAGAAUUCAUUUACUUGACAAAUACCGAACAACUUGCACCAGGUGCUGUUCUUGGUGCUGGAAACGUGGCUAUGAACACCACAGACAAGCUUCCUGCUCCUUGCAGGGCAAUUAGGCAAUGUCAGAAUGGAAACAUCCACCAUACCCUUUGGCCCAGCAAUUCCACUGCUGGGAAUUUAUGCUACACUUAAGCUCCCAUGUCCACAAAGAUGCCUUGUAUGGCCAUUUCUACAGCAUUGUUUUCAGAACCAAAGAUUUCUUGCUAUGUUUGUAGGACAGUAUCAAUAUCCAUUAGAAGGCACUGGUCAAAUAAAUGAUGGUUGCACUAAACAACUGUUAAAAAGACUGAAGCAUGUCCAUAUAUACUGAUGAAGAAUGAUCACCAAGGUAGACGGUAAGUGAAAAGGGUUCCCAGAUCUUGACCUAUAAAUCCUAGUCCUCACUAAGGUAAACAUUUCCAGUUCUAGUGCAGGGAAAGUACAAAGUAAGCUAGGACUCCCUGUGCCAGAAAGCAAGGGAAUGCUCAAAGACUUACAAAAUCAUGUCAAAAGACACAGUCAGCUUGAAGAGGCUCACAGUGCCCACAUUUGAGACAAUUUGAAAGUAAUGACUAAGGCUGAUUGUAACACCCUGAAUUAAAAAAUCAUAAAUCCAUAUUGAGGCAUGCACACACACGUUGGGGGAAAAGGAGAGCUUUUUUUUUUUUUUUUUUAAUAGACAAAUACCAACUACUAAAUGUAGAAGGAAAGAAGAGAAAGUUACCAUUUUGCAUACUGCAGUGUAUUCACUGACUCGGGCAAAAAUCUAUGGAUGCCAACUGGGAAGAGGCCAUUUGCAUGCUGCCAGAGUAUCACAGGGCAGAUGACUUCCACUGCCAAGGGAAGAGUGCCCUGGACAGUGGAGCAGUCCAACAUUUACUACCUAAAUUGAGUGAUCCACUAAGAAUAGGAUCUGCUGCCAUGGUGUGCCUCCUGAAGAUGCAAUAUAAAGAACACAGCUCGUCAAUGAAGAAUUCUUGCUAAUUGAGUUUCUGGACCUAACAUCUGGUAUACAGGAAAUAAAUGAGUUAAAGGACCUCUGAGGAAAUAACCAGACAAAUCCAGAAUGUGGGACAUUCUACAAGAUUGGUUAGACUCUUCCAACAGUCAAAGGCAUGAGGGGGAAAGAAAAAAAGAAAAGGUGGGAGGACUCUUCUAGAUUAAAAAAGCCAGAGGAGGUAUAACCAAAUUGAAAAUUGGAAGUCUGGAUCCUAGUUUGAAAAAAAGCACUAUAAAAGACAUUCUUGGGAUAAAUGAGAAAAUUGGAAUAGAGUAGUUAUUAGAUAUUAUGGAAUUAUUGAUUUUUCUUUUAGAACUGAUAAUGCUAUUAUGGUUCUAUAGGAGAAAAAUCUUAUUCUUAGGCAUGUUGAAGUAUUUAGGGGUAAAGUGUCAUGAUGUCUAACUUUCAAAUGAUCAAAUACAUGAGUAUGUGUGUAGGGAUAUACAGAGAUAAAGCAAAUAUAGCAAAAUAUAUAUUUGUCACUUUUCAUAAAAAAUUGAGAAAAAAGACAGUGUAGCAGGUACAUUGCUGAUUCCAUUAAAACAAAGGGAGAGGAAAGAUAUUCAUCUUUCUGUGCAAAGUCUUGGAAGACAGUGUAACAGGACUGGUGCUGGGAUAGGGAGCAGGAGUGAAAAAGGUUUAAUAUUUCUUCCUACUCUUUUUACCACUUGAAAAGACAUGGGUUUGCAUAUCAAUUCCUUUUUUUUUUUUCCCAAAAAGGGCAUGGGGAGAUGCUUCUAAGCCUCCUCCUGUGGCACUGAGGGUGUGUCCUCUGCCCCUUGGGUGACUGACUUGGGUGGCUCCAGUGUGGGGACCAUGCAGACUGUCAACAAGACAGGAGGAGAAACGACUCUCCUGCCUCUGGGGAUGGGACAGUCUAUCAUUCCCCUGGUGAGACCAUCCCUCCUGAAUGAGCGACAUGUACCAGCUCAAUGGUCUAGCAUUUCUCAAGGUUCAAUUUGGAAAGGAAGACAUUUCCUCUGCCCUUUGACUAAAAUACCCAAACUGAUGAGGCCCUGCUGCUCCCAGUGGGUUGUCAGCCCUACUCUGCCCCUGCUCAGCGCACAUAAAAGAAAUGAACUGUGUUAGCCAAACCCCGAAAGGGCUGCCCACACGCUACCUUGGCGGCAUAGUUGUUCCCGUCGCGCUGGAUGAUCUUCAGGUCCAGAAUGAGCUCGGCGAGCACCAGGAGGGCAUCCAGGAUGACCAGGCAAAUGAUGAUGACCUGUGGACCGAGGGAAGCAGCAAGAAACCAUGAGACCUAAACAGGGGUCUUCCUUCCAUCAUUACAAGCGGGUUGGGAAACAGCAGGGUGAAACCAUCGGGCAGGUACCAAGGAUGGGAGGCCACUCACAGUGGCCAGAGUGCCCUACAGAAAGCUGCUGGGGCCCACUCCUCCUUUCGGCUGACCCUCUGUCACCACUGGUCUUUUUCCAACUUGUUCACUGUUUCUCACAUAACACUUCUCAAACCGAACUGCCACUUCCUAGAUAGCAAAAAAUAAUAAAGUUUUUAUUUUUCUAUUUCUGGGGAUUGCUGCUAUUGGGGCACACACAGAACAGAUGCUCAAUAAAUAAUUCAACACAUGCC